UUCAGAAGUGAGAUUUAAGUCUUCUUUAGCAGAAGAGCCGUUAUCCUAAGGCAUCGUCUGAGUUUUCCACAAGAAUCAUAACCAUGCUUAAACUCUGGACACUCCCUCUUGCCGGCGCUCUGAUCAUUUGUCAGGCGUGCAUCUCAGAGGCAGCUCCAUCCAGAUCUAGUGCAGAGACUGUGUCAGAUGGAUUCACACUGUCAAACAAUGAUGCUGAAACAUUACUCAGAGCCAUCAAAGAGUUCAUGAAGAUAACCUCAGACGAAACAGCUCAGCAAGGAGCUGAAGGGGAGAGCUUGGAUAGACCCGUGUCUAAGCGCUGCACCGGCUUAAGCACAUGCGUGCUGGGCAAACUCUCCCAGGAUAUUCACAAACUGCAAACCUAUCCUCGCACUGAUGUGGGCGCAGAGACACCUGGCAAGAAGAGAAGUCUAUACGAGCAAUAUGAAAGCUACAGCAACUCGUUCAACUGAAACGUUCCGAUUUAUUGCAUCUUUUCUUCGUUUGUCUCAGUUACCAUGUGACAUGCUUGCUCAUCCAGCUCCAUUCAAACUGCAUGUGAAUCAUUUUGGUGGGAAGAAAAAAAAAGAAAAAAAAAGAAGAACUUUGCAUUUGCUACUUAGAUAUAUUAGAUUUUAAGAGAAACUUAGUGACCUAAAAUCUGCUACAAAGCUAUGGUAAUGCUGUACAAUAUAA